AUGUCUAGCCAGGCCAUGACGGCAGCGCGCCAAGUUGUCCGCGAGCUCCACGGCGUCGUCGUGAGCGCGGGUCUCAUGCAGAAGACUGUGAAGGUGCGCGUGGGUGGUCAACAGUGGAAGCAGGCGGUCCAAAAGAUGUUCACGAAGCCCAAGAACUACCUUGUUCACGACCCCAACUCCUCCCUCCGAACUGGCGACGUUAUCUCCAUCGUCCCAGGAUGGAGAACUUCUCCCCACAAGCGCCAUGUCGUCAAGAACAUCAUCGCGCCCUACGGCACACCCAUUUCGGAACGGCCGCCGAUCCCGUCUGAGGAGGAGAGAAUCGCAGCUCAAGUACAGAAAAGAGAGGCAAAGGUUGCCAGACGAACCGCAAGGAAACAGGAGGAGUCCACGAAAGCCACCCCUAGCCAAGCCUGA